AUGAACGUGGACGUCGUGCGCCAGAAGCUACUGGACAGCGACGCGAAGACGGUACUGAAGGAGCUCGUCGAUCUGUAUCGUCGCGCCGAGAUUCUCCACACGCCGCAGCUCGGCCGCAUCCUCGAGGUGCUCUUCCCUGUGUGGAAAACCCUCUUGCACCAGACGUUACCGCCACAGCGACGGGCUACGACGCCGAAUCGCUGUCGUAAGGUGCUGCUGCAGAUCAUCAAUCGGCUUCCGAGCAAUGAGGCGGUGCGGCCCUAUGUCCCGCAGCUGCUGCAGCUGCUCAUGGAAGUCUUGCAGAAAGACAACGAGGACAACGCACUGAUUGCGCUCAAGACGCUGUUUGAUUUGCAUCGGAAUUACCGUCCAGGACUGCGCAACGAAGUGCAGCCAUUUUUGGAGCUCGUCCAGCUCAUGUACAAGAACUUACCGACGACGGUGAAGAAGCAGUUCAGUGAGCCACCAGAUACUCUCAAGUCCGGCUACGUGUCAACGACGGCAAGUGCUCUUCCUGCUACAAAUGCUUCAGUACUAUCAGUUACGGCUGCAGAAACAACGAUCGAGUUGCCUACAGCGGGGGUGGAAACGCUCAGUGCAACUCGUGGCACCUCGAUGGAUUCGACAAAGCAAGCAGAUGCAAUGGCAGGUGAAGGAAGAACGGAUGCUGGUGAAACGAAUGCAACAACAGUGCCUUCCACAUCUUCAGCAGCAUUAGAAAAUAAUGUUUCUAGCUCCACGACUACUUCAAGCAGAGAGGAAGCUACGGACGAGCCCAUGUGCAGCAACUUGGAAUCAUUUAAGACGAUCUCGGAACUGCCACUGAUUAUCAUGCUGCUCUUUCAAUGUUACCCGAGCUAUAUUGAAAGCUAUAUACCAGUGCUGGUGCCGUUGAUGAUGUCGGCAUUGGCAUUGCGCGCGCCCGAGACGGCCACUAGUACGCAUCCAUCGCGGUAUCUGGACUUCUUGGAUUGCCAAGUGAAGACGCUGUCGUUCGUGACAUACCUGUUGCGCGGAUGCGCGAGUCUUAUGCGUCCAUUUCAAGACGCUAUCUGCGAGAACACUGUGAAAUUGCUUGUCGCCUGUCCAAAAGAUGCCUUCGUGCUGCGAAAGGACAUUUUCGUGGCCGCCAGACACGUCAUUUCCACAGAAUUUCGACGAGGCUUUUACCCACAGCUUGAGCUUCUCAUGAAUGAUGACGUGCUUGUUGGAAAAGGACGCUGCAGCUUCUAUCAGAUUCGCCCGCUGGCAUACUCGACCCUUGCCGACAUGAUCCAUCACGUUCGAGAUAUGCUAACACUCACGCAAGUGAGCGCCAUCGUGGAAUUUUAUGGCAAGCGGAUUCACGACCCGACUCUGCCCAUCUCGAUACAAACGACCAGCAUUCGACUGCUGCUCAAUCUUGUCGACAUCAGUGCCAAAAAUGAGGAUGUCGAUGCGUGGAAAGGCCGUAAUAUCCUCUCACGCAUUCUGCUAAUUAUUUCGGGUAAGUUCGGCACGACCUUAGCACAUCUGCCUACAGCUCUUGCCACGACGCUACGCAGUAAGUCUAGCGGGGACAGAAACGACUUGUUGGAAGGAGGCGCCAUGGAUAAAAUAAAGCACUCGAACUUGCUCCCGCGCGACAUUGUGCAGAAAACGCAGUACGAGAGGAAGUUGGAGGCUCUAUUGUUGCCCCACAUGCGCGCUCAGCGUCCCGCAGAUUCCAUCUUUGAGGAAGAACCAAGUAUUCGCGACAUCAAGUCACUGUUGCGGACAAUGAUCUUAGGCAUCCGUGCUGUAAUUUGGUGCACAGCCAAUUACCGAAAUCCACAUGCCAAGGAUUUGUCGUCUGCUGACGCUAAUACCGCGGAGGGGAGUGGUUUGGCUGCCGUAUCAACUUCACAAGGGAUCCAUGCUGGCUUAGGUGCGCACUUUGCUGGUGUAGUGGGAAAUUUAUCGAGUCGGGCAUUUGGGAGCGAGCACGUGUACCCACUGACUGAUGAUGAGCGUUUGCUCAUUGUGAAAGUACUUCGCAACGGACUGCGAUGCUUUAUUCUAUACACACUAUCGAAAAACACACUAUCAGAGGAAAAGCAAAUGCUGGACCACUUUGCUGGCGCGUUCACCGUAUUGGAAGCAACGGACUUUCGCGACCUUUUUAUCUCGAACAUCCAGCUACUCUAUGAGUGCAUUCUCCAAGACCAUGCCAUUCUGACGAUCCCCCAGCAUUUCUUGGCUAACUCGAAUGUAAGCUGCUGGUUUGCCGAGAUUCUGCUGAAAUUCUUGAUUACACAAAUGACGGAUCUAAGUGUGGAGGCAGAGGGAAACCUACCUGAUACCAAACGACUGGAAAAGGUCAUGACGAUUGAGAACCUGGAGUUCGAAAAGAUGCGACCGGUGCUCCAAGUGCACCGUGCGUCCGUCGUACUUCGUUUGUUCAAGAUCGUCUUUGGCUCGGUCACACUGUUUAAAUCAAAUGAGUCGGCGCUAUUUCCGCAUUUACGCACGAUUAUCGAGUCGUGCUUGAAGCAAGCAACGUUUACAAAGCAUCCAGACAACUACUUGCUAUUGCUUCGUGCCCUAUUCCGGUCAAUAUCAGGCGGCAAAUACGAAAACUUUUACAAGGAGGUUUUUCCGUUGCUGCCGGGCGUUUUGUCAGCUUUGAUGCGGUUGCAAAAGCACAUGGCCAAACCGGCGAUGCAGGAAGUGCUUCUGGAGCUGUGCUUGACGAUUCCUGCAAGGUUAAGCUCGCUGCUACAGUACCUUCCUUCUCUCAUGAAAUCGGUUGUGCGGGCGAUCUUAUCGCGUGGUGAGCUCGCGUACUUGGGGCUCCGGACACUCGAGUUCUGGGUGGAUAAUCUCAACCCAGACUUUCUUUAUCCCAUCAUGACAUCUCAGGACCGGUUACUGACAGAAAUCAUCGAGGCGCUGAACACGCACCUCAUCCCACCUCCAUAUCCGUACGGUGAAUUAGCUAUGCGGAUUCUUGGAAAAAUCGGCGGGCGCAAUCGACAGUACCUCAUGGACCCGCUGAACUUAGACUACCAAGAGCACUCGUUUACGAGAUUAACGUUUACAUUUCAAUGGGGUGAAAAGGGGGACGACAAUGACAUUGAUAUGGGCGAUGGCGUCAUACUCACCAUGAAUAACAAGUUUCCGAUGAAGAUGGAUGUACUGGUUUCGCAGGCAACAAAAGUACUCCGCAUGUACUUGCGAAAGUCUUCGGCGGAGCGCAGCAAUAGCGUUAGCAAAUUUGACUCGCGGCUUGCAGAUGCUGACGAGUUUGAAGAAAGCGACAAUGUGGCUAGUUCUUCUUUCUUGCUUGAGAAAGAUGACCAGACGCUUCAAUUGGAGACGGAGACAAUAGGAAAAAUUGGUGGGUUCAUUCUCCGGCAUAAACGUAGCGCUUUCGCGUUUGUCUCUCGCGCUGCUUUAGUAUCGCUGAACGUUAACCACUAUGCGGAUGUCGACGAAGAGGUGGAUAAAAAUGAGCUUGGCGCAAACGACGUGGGGGCACAGCAUGUGAAACCCGAACGGGGGGUAGUUUUGCAGGAGGCGCUACGAUCCACACGUGAACAGCUACUACAAGUAUUGUUCGAGACGACAGUGGAUGUUGAUGUUGGUUCGGAGGCGAAAGAAAUACUGAAAGGCAUUGCGGGUCACUUGACACUACUAUCAUUGGCCAAGUGCUUACGUGAACAGUCCGAUGUUACUGUGCUUUCAUCGUUGCAUCCGUCGACGCUGUAUGCAGCAACAAGAGGCUUGUCACCCGGGCGGAAUCUGGCAACGUCAAAACGAAUAGAAACGAUACGUCACGCGACAUAUGGUGCCGCAAACAUGGUAGAUGCGGACGUAACGAACGACUUCUAUUCGUUUGUGCAAGUAGUAGCAGUGGCGUUGAGCUCCCCUGAUCAACGCACCGUCGAUGCAGCAGCAGGGAUUGUUGUUUCCAUCAUUCAAACGGCUGUCGCGCAGUUUGACUCGCCACGGUUAGCCAUGGAACGUGGGGGUGCGCUGUUUAAUAGUAUGUGCGAAGUUUUUGUGCACGGAUGUUACGCCAAGGGCAGUUGGCGUCACAAGCUGGGAGGUGUCGUCGGCAUCAGACUUCUCGUGGAUUCCCUAGAGCCUCAGUGGUGUCACGAAAAUGAGCUUACGAUACUUAAAGCGCUGUUCUUCGUCCUUUCGGAUCAUCCACCGGAAUUGAGUACGACCAUAAGUGCUGAGACGGGUGAGACUCUAGUGAAAGCGGUGAGGACAGCUUGGAAUGUUCGUGUGGGGUAUGUGGACCAGCUUGGUGACGAUUCUGUCAAGAUAGAAGGCUUCUUGUCAUGCGUUGCCUUUCAGGAUACCGAGGUGUUUCAGAUGUUUGUGGUGGAACUCCUCAGUCCAAAUGCACCGACACGACAGUAUGCGAAGCGCUGCGUAACCACCGUGGCAUCGCUACGAGAAACGACUGCUUCAGCGGUGCUCUAUCCGUACCAUCAAUUGAUCAGUAAGCAGAUCACCGGGUGUAAUCUGCGCAUGCUGCCCAGCAGUAUCAGAACAGGCUAUGUGGACGCAAUGGCGUUUACGCUGUCACUAGAUCCGCCGAUCUUCUCGCUCACAAAAGAGAUAAUGACUUUUCUUCAGGACGUGUGGAAGUUGAUUUCGGAGGACUCGCAGCGCGAUGGAGUGACGAUGAUUGGGGCUGAAAGUCUCAACAGCAUCGGAGACACGACACCGGCAAUCCCUGGCUCAGGUGUUUCGGCCCAGGAGUAUCCGUUUGGACUCUCACAAGCGUGUGAACUGCGCAUUGCCGCCGCAAAACUGCUCCGAGCAGCCUUUCUUGCAGCACCCGAUGACCUCAAUCAGCACCCGGAGUAUCGUAAUCGCUUUGUGGGUGUAUUCUUUCGGUACCUGACGGGCCAACCUUCAGAGCUGGUACAGGUAGCUCAGGAUGCGCUGACAGAUGUGAUCCAGCUGAACGAGCAGAACAAGGAUGUCUUUCUGCCGAAGGAGCUGCUGCAGCAAUGUUUACGGCCAGUGCUUCUUAACUUGGCCGACUACCGCAAGCUCAAGCUACCGUUGCUUGAAGGAUUGUCCCGUCUUCUAACGCUGCUGAGCAGCUGCUUCAACGUGACACUUGGAGAAAAGCUGCUGGAACAUUUGAAGCAGUGGCGGGAUCCAGACCGAAUUAUUAAAGCAGGAAUUUGGAAGCGAGGAGAAGAACCAGCUGUAGCAGCAGCGAUCGUGGAUCUUUUUCACUUGCUACCCCCGAAUGAUGCGUUUUUAGAGCCACUCAUAAACUGCGUGGUGGAUCUUGAGGUCGUGCUACCGAAGUACGGAAGCUAUGGCAAAAUGAGCUCGCCAUACCGAAUCCCACUGACGCGUUUCUUGAAUCGCUACGCGUCCAUGACCGUAUCGUUCUUUUUAAAGCGUGAGCAUUUGGUCGAAGUGAAAUACUCGUCGCUUUUCCAGCAACUGGUUAAAUUGCCAGAGGCGGCCCCUCUUCGUGCGGUCAUCAUUGCUGACGGAGGAGCUGAGUCGGUACUAGAGGCAACGUGUAAUGCGGCGCUUAAGCUUACCGCUUGUAGUUUCGGAGACACAAAUGCUGGAGCCGGCGCGUCAAGUGAUGCCAAGGUGCAGGCUCAGAUCCAGUUGAAUGCACAGAAAGCGGCGACACAGGCAGUAGCGACUGCUCAGGCUCAAGGAAUGACAGCGUCGGCGGCAGAGGCUCGCGGGGUACAAGCUCGUGCGGCGUAUGUAGUGAAAGCUCAGUCCCAAGUGAGUGCUCAGCAAGCCUUGAAGGUACAGUCGCAAGUGCAAAUCCAGGCCAACGCACAAAAACUGCACGCGCAGACCCUUGCAGUAGCACAGGCACAAGGACUGUCGCUGGUACAAGCCCAAACGAAAGCUCAGUUCGCCAGCAAGGAAUACAUUGCUAAAGCCCAGAGCCACAUUUCUUCUGCAGCUAUGCAAGCUUCCUUGCCUAAUCCAGCGAUGAACUCUCUGGUCACACAGCAGCAAGCACAGCAACUGCAAGCACAAAUACAAGUGAACGCUCAAAAAGUGCAUGCUCAAGCUCUUGCAACUGCACAAGCGCAAGGAUUGAAGCCAAUGCAAGCGCAGGAAAAAGCGAAACAGGCUCAGGCAACAUACGUGCAUCGUGCGAAUGCCCAAGCCCAGGCAAAACUCGCUCGAGCUCAAAGUCAAGGGUCGCUGGUGUUGGGUGACAGCUCAACCGCGGUCAGCAGUGGGCCAUUUGCAUCCAGCGCCCAGAGGGAGGCUCUGGAGCUGCAUUACCAAGGAUUGCGAUUAAUACGAUCGAUCAGCAAACUCCACCCGUCGUGGUUGGCGUCACAGACGGUGAUUGUCGAUUGCUUGAGGAAGCUUUGGCGAUCGCCAGCCCGUGUCCAGCGUCUUGCUGCACACGAUCGACUUCCUAUCAAGUUCCACCUCGAGUCUAAAUUGCUGAUCAAGUGUUUGAUCGCGUAUAGUCGUGUCAAGCCAGAAGACGUGCAAGUGUUACUGGACAUGGUCUCGGUGUUUUUGCACCGGACGCCUUUCGAUUAUAGCUUUUUGCAAGCGUUUUACCGUGAAGAAGUUGCGGCAAAAUACAGUGCUGCAAACAAGCGCAACCUCGUCCGGCUAUUUCUGCGCAUGCUUCGUGAACCAGGUGCAUCCGAGGAGCUCAAGGUCCAUGCUAUUCAGUUGUUGAUAAUGCCCGUGUUGACAGCAUCGUUUGAGGAUCCAAACGUCAACAAUAUCGACGUGGUGGACCUCGAUACAGUAAUGUGGAUGUUACGUGAGAUUCUGGCAAGCAAGGAUUCCCCACCGGAUGCACUGCAAGGCCUUCAAAUUGAAUUGCUCAAGCUAGGUACAUUGCUCAUUCAGCACAUGAGCAAAUACGUAACGGACUACCGGAAAGAAGUGAUCAAGUUUGCAUGGAACCACUUGAAGGCCCAUGACUUGACUUCCAAGCUCUGGGCGUACGUGAAUGUAUGCCGAUUCAUCUCGGUGUACGACACUCCGCCAAAAAUUGUUUUGCAAGUGUAUGUAGCUUUGUUGCGGACACAUGAAAUGGACGCACGCUUUCUUGUACGCAAAGCGUUCGACAUUCUCUUGCCGGCGUUGCCAAAUCGGCUGCCGUCCAACGAAUUUAUCAAAGCCAUCAAGUGGACGAAGAAAAUUGCGUACGAAGAAGGUCAUGUGCUCGGACAGCUGGUGCAUAUUUGGUUUUUGAUAGUUCGUCAUCCAGCACUGUUUUAUCCGUUCCGCGGCCAGUUUGUUCCCCUCAUGGUGAAUUCACUGAACCGCUUGGCAAUUCCUCCAAGUAGUACGCCAGACAAUCGUAGGCUGGCGGUGAAUAUCGUGGAUUUGGUUAUUUCAUGGGAGCAGACACGCCAAGAUCGGCUAACGAUGCGAGGUGCUUGUUUUCGACCAAACGCUUUAGGCCUUGGUGUAGAGCGGAAGCGGAGUUUACCCGCCACGAGUAUAGCAGUAGCAGCGUCAGGGAAUACUCCAGAAGACCACGCCGCAAAGAAACGGAAAGUCUUGACAUCUGAAGGCACGUGCGCACCAGGUGCACCUGCUUUGGGUAUCGAGACGAGGGAGAAUGUUGAUGGAGUUGACAGUAGUGCAUUGGACAAUCAAGUUUCGAAGCAAACGCUGAAUACGGGAUCUGGCCAGCUACAAAAACAAGUCACGGCGCCGCUACCAUUCGAAGCAAAUCGGGUGGCGAACAGCGAGGACGACUUUGAGCUGAGUGGCGCCAUGGUAGAUCUGGUGAUCAACUUUGCUUUCCGCUUUGCGCUUGCAUCUGCGGAUAAGCAGGAAACGAGUCGAUUGGCAAAAACUUGCGGCGAACUAUUUGGCAAAGCACUUCGCUUGUGGCCGUCAGCGUCCAUACGCUUUUCCUACUUUGACAAGCUCAUCGCUGUAACCGCAGAAACGGUUCUCCGGCAGCAGCAACAGCUGCAGGCUAGUAUGAGCACUACUACAACUACUGCCGACCCUGGAGCCACGGGACCACAAGUUUCGAUUCCAGCACCAUCGCUACCGACAGUGAUGCCGUCAUUCUUCGUUCUUCCAAAGGGUGCGCCUCUGUCGUCACUUGCAAUCCUCGACGCUGUCCUAGGUAUUCUGAACUCGUUGGUCUCACCUGAGGUCGUCACGAUGUCCAAACGCCCGACGCCAUAUGCCAUUCAGUACGCACCGCGUAUAAUGAAGCUGCUUGAGCCGUGUUUUGAUCGCCAAAGCCAUGAAAUCCAAGCGGGUCUGACGAAGUUUUUGCGUCGAAUGGCAGAGUUGUAUCCGCCGUCUCGCGCGCCUCAACCUUUGGUUGCCUGUAAAUUCUAUCCGUGGCUUCGCGAGAUCAUCAACGAACGUCUCGUAAACGCGGCAAUGUUUCAGCAUGACUUAGGCGUGGACGGGGCAGGCUUGUCCGGUGGACCGAACGUGUUUCCCUCAAAGUUUAAGGGAAAGAAUGCAGCACAAAGUGUGGCCGGGUCAAAACUUAACGAGCAGGGAGGACCCGGUAGCAAUACUGUAGUAGGCGGCACUCCAGGUGAACAGCAAAAGGAUCCGAGCGGUAUCAACCCAUUGAUCAAUCACGAGGCGGCACGCAUGCGCUUGCUGUUCUCACAACAUCCCCGGGCUAUCGUAUCGCCUUCGAGCUAUCCCGGUGAGUUCACGCUGAAGCUCUUGAGUGGCCUCGCCGAGGUGACGCCAGAGUUCAUCGAUCACUUUGCCCCGGCACUGUUAAAAUUAGCGCAGCAGUUCACGCGGGAGCAUCUAAUUCAGCCAGCCACCGCUGGAGGUGUAGGUACUCAUGGUGGGAAACAGGGCGGGAGCAAUGACACAGCCAUUGGGGUGGAAAGCGGACAAGCAGUUGUGGAUUCGUUUGGACGAAAUCGAGUGAUGGCUACACCGUCACUAGCGAUUGUAAACGAAUGGAACCAAAUGUUGGCGGGACGAUGCAACUUAGCAGUGAAUAAGACUGUGAAUAAGCGCGAAGUGUUCGAUGGGAAAUCUGCGUCAAAGAAAAAAGGCAGGACUAGCGAUCAAUGUUUUGGGGUCGAAAUAACAAACAUGAAAGCGAGCAGUGCUAUGAAAAAGAAGACGGGGACCAGUACGAGCAACGCUCACACGCAGAGUGGGUUUGUGGAUGGUGAUGGCAAGAGGCCGAUCGAACUCCUUGUCUUGUGCUACGUUUUGCUGGCAAAGUGUACAUUCACGACGACUGAACACCGUCGUCUCUACAAGAAUCUGCUGGUCCACUGUUUGGAGGGUUCAUACAAUAUCCCGCUGCUACUUCAGAUCACAAAAAUUGUGGCGAAGAUGAUUGUCUCAACUGACACUCAUCAACAAAUAUUGACCGCUAAAGACACAAUGACCUUGCUGGGCAAGAUGGCAACUUUUGAUCGGCUCAACGAAAUUGCUGCUAUUCCGCUGAACGAGGAGUACUAUCAGCUGGUCCUGAAGCUCUGCAACUCAUCGCCGGGCACUUCUAGCAGCCACGUUCCGCUGUUGCACCUGAAUCCAACAACACAGGGUCAUAGCCUCACGACACACUUUAUGGCGGGCUUGCUCGCCCCAGAUCCAGCAACACGAGAGAAGUUCCUGAAAAUUUUCUUUGCAGCUAGCGGUCCAGGACCCGUGGCACGACUGCAACUUGUGCUUCGCCAAGAUUGGCAAGCUUGUGGGACCAGGUACUGGCCUGUGAUUGCAAUCGAAACGCUAUUGGCGGCUGUCUCCCCGACCACGCAGCCAAUCGCUUCCGUCGCGCCAAUUCGAACCUCUUCAGCAGACCGAGUUUCAGCUCUUACGCACGCUAAGUUUCUCGACAGCUACGGGCAGGUGAAAUCAUCUGAGCUCACGUUGAGUUUACGUGAGUUGGCGCACAUUGAUUUGGAGCUAGCCAAGGAGCUAUGGGUGAGUUUGUUCAGCGCAGUGUGGAAUUUGCUGAAAGAGUCGGAUCAAGUGCAGAUGACGGGUCAAUUACUGAAGAUUCUGGCGUCCAAAUACAACAAGCGUGACCUCAAUGUGCCACUCGGUACGUCAACUCCCCGCCGUACCAAUGUCGUACAGACGCUAAUGAAAGGAAUCGUAAGCACUAGCCCUAGUGUGCCAGUGAUGACGCCUGAGCUUGUUUUGCACAUUGCAUCGGCCUAUGACGUGUGGAGCUGCGCCCUGAGGCUCUGCGAGUUCCACGUGGAAAAACCGGACCUUAGUAUGGAGAGCCGACUGCGAUGGAUUGAAGCCCUUAGUGCGAUUUACAAGCAGCUGAGCGAGGACGAUCUCCGUAUCGGACUAAGUCUUGAACACGUUGAGCAGCCUGAGACGCGAACAGCACUGAAUUUGGAAGCGCUUGGCUGUGUCCAUGAAGCGCAGGAGGAGUAUUUCUCUGCGCUUUCAAAGACCCAAAGCGGGCGUGUUUGUGCGGAGGAUGUGAAUCUAUUUGAGUUGAGGUUGUGGGAGGAGCGCUGGGUGGGUUGUGCCAAGCAACUAUGUCAAUGGCAGCUCAUGAAUGAUUUCGCCAAGUCGACACAGAAUCAGGAAUUGCUCCUAGAUUGUGCCUGGAAACGUGGAGACUGGGCUUCGGCAAAGCAGUUGCUAUUACUGCCAUCGAUGCAGUCGUCAGCAGAGCUGGGAUGUCCACAGACUCGUCUACAGCGCUUGUACAUUUCAAUUCUCGAUGCAGACAAGCGCAGUGUUAUUGAUACGCUGACUGCUCAGACCGCUGAGCUAGCGCUGCACCAAUGGCAAGGACUACCACGUAUUCUUUCUCGUGCUCAUUUGCCGCUGAUGCACCUGUUUCACAAGUUUGUGGAGGUGAAAGAGUCGAUCCAGAUGAUGGAAGACAUCAAGUCUGCAAGUAUACAACACGCGGCUCUGCCGAACCUGAAGCCGUCCAUUAAUACGUGGCGAGAGCGCUUGCCAAAUAAGUGGGAGCCCAUCCUUCUUUGGGAUGAUAUUCUAACGUGGCGAUCACAUAUGUUCCAAGUGGUCAAGACCACGUUUGCGUGGAGCGACGCGCAGGUGCUUGCCUGCAUGCACGACAGUCCGUGGUCGGUUAUCAAACUCGCGCAUACGGCUCGCAAACAGCGGCUACCCGAUGUCUGUCUCGGCGCGCUUGCAAAAUUGUACUCGAUCCCAGCCAUGGAUGUGCAGGACGCGUUCUCGAAGCUCCGUGAGCAAGUCAGCAUUUGCUACGAGAGUGCUACAGAAUAUUCCGGCGGACUCAGCAUUCUGAACACCACCAAUUUGGAUUACUUUAGCCUUCGGCAGAAGGCGGAGAUGUUUCGGCUAAAAGCACUUUUCCUCGAGGCACAAGAAUCUCUUCCGGAAGCCAACCAGACAUUUUCACACUGUUUACAGAUUUGCGAUAGUUACGGCAAAGGAUGGCUUUCAUGGGGACACUAUUGCUACCGGUUGUUCCUCGUACAGAAAGAUCUCACUCUGGCUUCACAAACUAUCGCGUGCUAUUUACAGGCGAUUCACCACCGGUGCAACUCCGCACGUCUCAUGAUUGCGCGUGUGCUCUGGUUGCUCAACAUGGACGACCGACGUGGAAUACUAAUUCAGGCGUUUGAGACGCAUGGAAAGCAGUUGCCGAUAUGGAUAUGGAUCACAUGGAUCCCGCAGCUACUUGUGGCACUCGGACGUCCAGAGGCACCCCAAAUUCGAGGCUUGCUACGCGGUCUCUCGGCCAAGUUUCCUCAGGCGCUGUAUUACACAAUGCGAGCUUUUUUUCUCGAGAAUCGUGACAAUGCAAUGAUGCUUACUAACCAAGCACAACCAUCAGGUGCAGCGACAGGCUUGUCACCUUCCGCAGGUGCGGUGUCUCCAUCUAUGGCGCAUGUGUACUACAGAACAAAGUCCGGACACGUUGUUGGAGUUCCAUCGACUAUGCCGAUCGCACGAGUCCAGGAGAUUCCUGGACUUGUUGGUCCGCCUUGCCCAACACCCGCAGCUUUUAAUGCAGCACCUGGUGUCGUAUUGUCAUUGGAUACAUGGACUGAAAAGAUUCGCAACAAUGGUGGUGAUGGCCACUCAGUUAAGGCUGAGGUAGGCCCUGUACAAUACACGGAAGACUUGUUGAACUUCUUGCGCAGAUCACACGACUCCCUUACAUUCGAAAUGGAGUGCAUGCUGGAAGAGUUGAUUACCCGAUUUCGACCAGAGCCAGAAGAAGAGCUUCUCACGGCGGUCCAUGCACUUCUGCUGAAGUGUUACCAGCUUUCAAGAUUGACGAAGACAGAACCCGUGCCAAAGAUGCUGCGUGCUGCGCUUGCAAGAGUGUGUCGCAAGCUCUUUGUGCUGCUUCCGCACCAGAAAAACGAAAACCAUGAGGCCUUCGUUGAGGAGUUCAAGAACGCAUUCGAGCGUGACUUUACCCUACUCGGCGACGAACGUGCUCAGCAGCAGCAAGGCGAGGCUGCUAUAACUCUGUAUGAGAUCAUGAAUCGCUUGAAGCGAUGGAAGAGCUUACUGCAGCUGCGCGUGAAGAAGGUGGGCAAACGGAACGCCGGGAGACUGUAUCUAGAACGGUGCAGUCGUCAUCUUAUGGAGCUCAGCAGUUCCAACAUGGAGGUACCGGGACAGUACGUCUCGGACAGCGAGCCUAUCAAGGAUCUACACGCGCGCAUCCAGCACUUCGAGAGCACGGUGGACGUCCUGUUGCGCAACGGGUUUACUCAGCGACGUGUAGCAAUGGGUGGUAGUGACGGCCGGCCCUACUAUUUCCUGGUACAGUACGCGAUGACGCACAUUACCCGCACCGAUGAACGGAUGAUGCAGAUGUAUUUACUAUUGAAUCGAUUGCUGCUGCGCCACAAGGAAACCAGAAAACGCAAUACAGUUUUCCACGUACCGAAGGUGAUUCCUUUGACACCACGGGUACGGCUGCUGGAGGACAACCGUGACUUUGUUACGCUUGGCGAAAUCUACGAACUUGAUUGUCAAAUCGAGAACAAGGAUCCAGACGUUCCAGUGGAGCUUUAUCGAGAGCGUGUUAGCGAAGCUUUUGCAGCCGCAGGGACAGGAAGUGACCGAAAUAUUGAGGAGGAGGACCGCGUUGCGCAGGCAAAAGCCCGUGCUUUCCACGAAAUUUGUAGCGAGCACGUACCAGAGACUCUACUGGCCAAGUACGUACACGGCAUCUCGGCGCACGGCGACGCAUAUUUCCAGUUCCGCAGCGAGUUUACGAAGCACCUGGCACUGUCGAGUUUCUUGUCGUAUGCGCUCUAUGUUGGAGACCGCGCGCCUCACCGCGUGCUUUUCUCCCGUCGCACAGGUCGGGUAGUGAGCACGGAGUUACGUCCCGGGUAUGCCAGCAGUGGGCUUUUGGAGGCAGCGACGACAAUGCCUUUUCGCCUUACGCGCAACCUCCACAGCUUUAUGACACGCGCAGGAGUACAGGGACCGUUCAGUAUCGGGAUGACAGCCACUGCGGAAGCCCUUAUGAAUGAGGAGGAUAUCCUGAGCAACCAGUUGUGUCUCUUCUUCAGAGACGAUUUGCUCUCAUGGCACGCGUCAAAAACCCGACUUUUGUCGCUUGAAUCGCAAACUGCUGGACGUGCAUCGUCGCCCAACGCGUCCACUGGUUCUGCUUCGCCGGCUUUGGCACAGCGUCGUGUGGAGCUCCAAGUGCAGCAGCGCGUGGAAGCAAACGUGGGUCUCGUAAUGGAGAGAAUCCGUGGGGUAUCGCUGAAGAAGGAGAACGACAAAUCUCCGCGAGGAAAGAAUGUACAAGAACUGCUCGAGAUGGCAACAAGCCCAGAGCGACAGCGGGAAAUGUAUCCUACGUGGUACCCGUGGCUGUAA